GGCGGGCAGCCGGGCCAGGGGAAGAAGGGGAGCCCCCCGAGGAAAGGGCGCGGGUCCCGGAGCCCUUGGAAGGCGGGACCAAAGCGCCACUCUGCGCCCCAGUCGGCCUUCCGUGGAACUGCAGAGCUGCGAAAGAGACCCCCGGGGGUCAUUCAGCCGGACCCCUGAGACGCGGGAACCUGAGCUAAGCAUCCACGGCAGACAGCCUCAGGGACAGCUCAGUCUGUGGAGCCUGAGGCCCUCGGGGUCGCGGGUUCGAGCCCCACGUCGGGCAUUGUCAGGCCUUUGGUUGACUUGAUGGACAUACCCUUUUAAAAUGUGGCUCUUUUUUGGGUGGGUGGGUGGUGUUAUUGAGUUACUGUUCUUAUUUUGAUUUUAUAUAUCGUGAUCUCUUCUGCGAACCGCCCUGAGACCUCCGGAUAUAGGGCAGUAUAGAAAUUCAAUAAAUAAAUUUCAGGGGGUUGGACCCAGAUGGGUCUCGGAUCCACCGUUCCAUCUCCACGAUUCUUUAGAACAGUGUAAAUAGCUAAACUGUAAAGAGCGAAAGAACAUUGCACAGUAGAGCAGCUAAGGGGAACCAGAUUGGGGAAACCCUGCCAGAUGGGGGAAUAAUAAAAUAAUAAUAAUAAUUCAAAUAGGGAUGGGGGUCAAGUGUGUACACACACACAAGCACCAUCCCCAAUGUCUCUCUAGACCAGUGGUACCCAACCUCUUUUUGGCCAUGCCCCACCAAAGCAUCUCUAAAAUCCUGACACCCCCCCCCCCCGUGACAUAUAAUUAUUAGUCAAAAAGGGAACUAUUCACGUGGAAGAAGCCUAAAAGGCCAUUCACUGUUAAUAACUCAUUCUCAAAUUGCCCCCCUUAAAAUCAGAUUGCCCCCCUGUGGGGCGUGUGCCCCAUGUUGGGAACCACAGCUCUUACACACGCUGUUCUUCAGGAUUUUCCCAUUACCGGGAGGUUUCUCAGCACACUCAACUUGAAAAACUCUGUGCUAUACUGCAUUCAUUCAUUCAUUCAUUUAGAAAUCAAGUAGCUUUUAUUAUGAAAAGUACAUCAUAGCUUCAUAUUUCUAUAUAAUUUUUUUUUGUUUUUAUAGUCACAUAUCGAACAUACAACAUAAAAACAAGAUUCCAAGGAAUCUCUUGGACUUCCCUCCUUCCCUUUGAGGAUCCUAUUGCUAAUCAUUUCCUCCUGCAUCUUUUAUGAUAAUCCAGAUCUUUUACAUCUCCAUUGUAUGCUGUACUGCAUUUAAGCAAUUUUGGGUCCUCUCAUUUUUCAAGCUUUUCCUCUUCCUGAGUGCACAUUUCGAACCCAACACCCACCCUCUUUGCCAAUCAGGAGGGCAAUAGAGUUGUGCUUAAAGGUUUCUGCUGCUCAUAAUUUGCCGGGUUCCUCUCUUUCUUAAGUCUUUUGGUUCCAUUUCCCUCUUUAAAGUUCAGUUUUCUUAGAACUUAGAAAGUUUAUUAGAAAGGAUUUGGCCCCUUGAUCUAAACUGAAAAGCAGCCAUUUUUACAAUAGCUGCUACAUCGUGUGUUUGCUGCUUACGAAGGUGUUGAGUCUGUUAAAAAGUCUUGGAUGCUUUACGGAUGAUGCAUGCACUCUUGCAAACUUCCUUUCUACGUGCCUCCAAUCCUAUGCAUGCUUCCCUUGGAAAAACCUUUAUUUGAACACAGCAGGAUAUACUGCCAAGUAAAUAUGCUUUGGUGUCUGCCAGUUUCCCUAGGAGGUUUUAAUCUGAAGCCUCAGAACAUCCACAUCAUGCAUUCAUAGCACAACUAAGGCAUUUUUAAAGUGCAUGGCAUCCUCCAAAGAAUCCUGGGUGCUGUAGUUUGUUAAGAGUGCUAGAAAUGGCAGCUCUAGGAGAGGAAACUGCAGUUCCCUUGAUUCUUUGGGGAAACCAUGUGCUUUAAAUGUGCUUUUACUGUAUGGUGUGGAUCUGUUUUAUUGAUUUAAUAUGCGGUAAACCGCUUUGAGAUUUUUAAUAAAAAGAUAAAGUGGUAUAGAAAUUAAAUAAUAAAAAAUAAAAAUCUGCAACCUGUCCUUUCAUGCUCCAAUCUCUCUCUCUAUUGAAGAACUUCCAGUUCUUCAUCUGUCCGCUAUAUACAUAUAAACAAUAAUCACUUCAUCCACUCCAAUAUAACUCCUAAGAGAGCACCGCUUUCUAUAAACAAAUUGUCUUCAGUCCUCAAAUCCAAAUGCCUUUAUUUCAUUUUCUUUCUCACACAAAGAGUCUUGAGUGGUUUCCAAUCUUUAGUAAAUGUUAACAAUGACUUCAUUUCUUAUUAAACAUGUCAAUUUUGCCAUCUCAGCUAAGUCCGUAAAUUGUAAAAAAAAACUGUUCUUCCAUUGUUGGUAAUGAUGUCUCUUUCCAUCUUUGCCAUCCCCUCCAGUUUUGACAGCAACGUGACUUUACUAGGCAAAACAAAGGAAAAGCAGAGCAAUAAGGAAGGGAACAUUUCUUUUUGUUUUAUAUUCAGGGUCUGGGCACGGGUAAAUUUUGUGGUACUUGUGAACUACUGCUGCAUGCUGUUUUUACUGCCUGCACACCUUACGAACAAAUAUCUCACCUCCAUUUUCUUUUAACAGGGCUCCUUUCUAGGAGAUGGAAACUUUUCACUGUACACCAACCGGAUUGGGUGAAGGACUGAAUGUCCGAACCUUCGGGAAUGAAAGCUUAUUGUAUUUUGCCUAUGGUAGUAACUUGUUGCGGGAGAGAAUAACGUUAAGAAACCCGUCUGCAGUUUUUCUCACCUUGGCACAGCUACUGGAUUACAAACUUGCUUUUGGCUCUCAUCAUGGCAAGCCCAGUUCUAACUGGCAUGGAAGUACAGCAACCAUAAUCCAUAGUCCUGGCGAUGAAGUGUGGGGAGUCGUAUGGAGAAUGAGCACUACCGAUUUACCUUCUCUGGAUAGACAAGAGGGAGUUGAACAAGGUCUUUACAUCCCAAUAGAAGUUACAGUCCGGACUCAAGAAGGGAAAGCACUUAAGAGUCGUAGCUACCAAAUGACAGACUAUGUCUUAGGCCUUCCUUCCCCGCAUUAUAAAAAGAACCAGCUCGACCUGCAAGACCUGUGAGAGCUGUUAAGGCUCCCAACGUUGGCCGUGUUAUUACAUGCCAGGAGUUGCUUGGCAGACACUUAAUGGCACGUGCAGCCCAUAACGCAGUAGUUUUCAGCUGCUGCUGGAUGCCAAGACUGUUACCCAACUAAAAACGUAUAUACUGUACUUCCUGGUUAUUAUUAUUUUUUAAUUAUCCAAUUUUUUAGCCAGUUAAGACAAUCAGAUUUGUAUCCCUGUACAGAUAACUGCCCUCAGCCCCGUUCUCAUUAAAUGUAGAGAGAAAUAAGUAAUCUGCCCAUCUCUCACCUUUGUCGGCUCCCACGAGCUGUUGCCUUGCCAAUCUUAGGGGCAGGGCACGUUUUCAGUUUCAGGAAGCUAUGUUGUAGAAUGAGCAUUUCUGCUUUAUUUUGCUGCUUCCUAACUAGGACCCGGGACGCGGGUGGCGCUGUGGUCUAAACCACAGAGCCUAGGGCUUGUGAUCGGAACGUUGGUGGUUCGAAUCCCCGCAAAGGGGUGAGCUCAAGUUGCUCGGUCCCUGCUCCUGUCCACCUAGCAGUUCAAAAGCACGUCAAGUGCAAGUAGAUAAAUAGGUACUGCUCUGGCGGGAAGCUAAACGGCGUUUCCAUGCGCUGCUCUGGUUCGCCAGAAGCGGCUUAGUCAUGCUGGCCACAUGACCCGGAAGCUGUACGUCGGCUCCCUCGGCCAGUAAAGCGAGAUGAGCGCUGCAACCCCAGAGUCGUUCGCAACUGGACCUAACGAUCAGGGGUCCCUUUACCCUUAACUAGGACCAGGUUCUGAAGCUGUAAACAGCCCCUCCAGUGCCCUUUAAAAAGCCUCUCCUGGGACCCGUGGAUCCUCAGGGAAAGGCUGGGAAGUGUUGCAGGGAGAGGAGGCAACUGGGAAAAACGGGUGUGAGCUCGGACAGUCCUUUCCUGAGGGUCCUGUGACAUGGCAAUAGGCAUAUCCUCAUGUGUUUGUGGUUUGUAAGUGUGAAUGGGCUUGAUCUUAAACCGCAAGGCAAAUGUUUUGAUUGGGUGCUGUACAACUGGUUUUCAUUCGGUUGACUAGAUCAGUGUUUCCCAACCUUGUGCCUCCAGAUGUUUUGAGACUACAAUUCCCAUCAUCCCUAGCUAGCAAGACCAGUGGUCAGGAAUGAUGGGAAUUGUAG